GCUUGUACACUGUACAGUGAGUGACGUCAGUCUACUGCGCAUCACACAGCACAGCGGCUCUGAAAAUGGGAGCUGCUUGGACGACUGCAUUUACAAAUAAUGUCAGGUUGUACGAUGUAGUCGGGGUUAAACAGUGCAACAGCAUCAACAAAAAGCGCCAAUAAAAAAAGCAGCCAACCUGUCUGUUUAGUUUUCAACCUAAGAUGAAAAUGUCCAGCAGAUUUAAAUAAAAAGUAUAAAGAAAAUGUCCCUUAAAGAAAGUGAAAAAAAACAGAAGUGUUCUCACAGAACACAGCUAUAUAUCGAGGUCCCAUCGACACGUUUGCCAAUUGUCUACUCUCCAGAAUACAACAUUACUUUCAUGGGACUUGAAAAAAUGCACCCCUUUGAUGCCGGAAAAUGGGGGAAGGUUAUUGGCUUUUUAAAAGAAGAACAAUUAAUAACAGAUGACAACAUUGUGGAAGCCCAGGAGGCCACUGAGGAUGACCUCCUAGUUGUCCACACAAGAUGCUAUCUUAACAAAUUAAAGUGGUCUUUCGUAGUGGCUACCAUCACUGAAAUCCCACCUCUCCUGCUCCUGCCCAACUUCCUGGUUCAAAGAAGGGUCCUGCGGCCACUGAGAACUCAAACAGGAGGCACGAUCAUGGCAGGCAAGCUGGCCAUUGACAGAGGAUGGGCGAUCAAUGUGGGCGGUGGCUUUCACCAUUGCUCCAGUGACAAAGGAGGAGGGUUUUGUGCCUAUGCUGACAUCACAUUGGCUAUCAAGUUUUUGUUUGAAAGAGUAGAAGGAGUAUCUAAGGCGACGAUUAUUGAUCUGGAUGCACAUCAGGGAAAUGGUCACGAGAGAGAUUUCAUGGAUGACAAAAGAGUGUAUAUCAUGGACGUCUACAACAGAUACAUAUAUCCCGGGGACGGAUUUGCAAAACGGGCUAUAAAAAGAAAGGUUGAGCUGGAUUGGGGCACUGAGGACCAGGAAUAUCUGCAGAAGGUGGAAAUGCACGUGGAGGGAGCGCUGAAUGAAGUGAAGCCAGACAUCCUUGUCUACAACGCAGGCACUGACAUCUUGGAUGGGGAUCCGCUGGGAGGCCUUGCCAUUUCCCCUCAGGGCGUUAUUAAACGGGAUGAAAUCCUGUUUAAAGCUGCUCGUAGGAGGAAGAUCCCGAUCCUCAUGGUGACGUCCGGAGGCUAUCAGAAGAGAACUGCGCGGAUAAUAGCUGAUUCGAUAAUUAACUUGCAUAACCUGGGGCUGGUGGACUGUGACUCUGCAGCAAGCGAAGCCAGACCUUCCCAAGUCCCUUUGAAUGAAUGAAGUCAAUUUCAUGAGCUGCAGCUUUGUCGUCUCGCUGAGUAUUUGCACUCAUUGUACUUUUGUCAUCAAAUGAAAAUGAUGCUAUACUAUGUGAUUAUUACCCCAAAACAGUAGCGUGUUUUUAUUCUCUGUUUCCCCCUUUCUCUCCAGGUUGGUAGGUUUAUAAUACCAUGGUCUACUUAAAGGAAACUAUUAGAGUGACUGGGGCUUCAGCUAGUAGUUGUCAGGCUUGCUGUCCAUCUAGGUUGGGCCAGCUUUUUUUAACGAGAUUCAUUAACUACACUACUGACGAAGGCAGAAAACGUAGUUUGCUUCCACUUUAAUAUGUAUGCUUUAGAUUUAUUUUGCUCAGGUAAGUCACAUUGUUUAUGCAUAUAAACAUAAUUUACUGGAUUGUUUUUGGCAUGUAGGCAGGAGGAGCUUCUAAAUACAAGUUUCUAAGCCUGGAAAGCCAGGCUGUUUUUGGUAGGGAUUACUGACAAGAUGGACUUUUGUUACAUUUAUAUUAAUGUGCAGAGGCAUUGUUUGUGUGUGGGCUAUGAACUCCCAUCAUUCAGAUCAAUGCUGUUCUAGAGGUAAACACAUAACCCAGAUUCUUAGGUAUUUGAUUAGGUAUGUUUCUCUCUCUGUUUUGUUUGCGCUGGCAUGAUAAUGGUCAUGAGUCAUAGAGGAUGGCAUUAACUUGAUGUUAAAAAGGUACUAAGGCCAUGAUAACCAAGCUUCUUGCGGGCUGCCACAUGCUUUAGUUGCAUUGUUUAACAAUGAUGUUGAUGGUUCGGUUGUAAUUCUGAAUACAUUAUUAUUUUCACACAGGUUUUGACCACAAAUUAUUAUUCAUACAUCCCAACAGCUUUUGUAAAUGUAUUUCUUGCAGCAGUAAUAAACUUCAAUUUCUACAGCAAAUAAAAAAAAAAAUCAUAUCACAUAUGAUUUUAAUACCAACAUCUGCUUGAUUUUCUCUGCAAAAGCCCCUGAGAAUCGAAGCAUUCAUUUAGCAUGGCCUAAAGAGUUUCUGACACCACUUGCUGUAAUAGAACACCUGUCUGUUAAACUGUUUUCUUAGAAAGGGAAUGACAUCUUUUAAAUUAUACUGGGAAAGAUAAUGUGAGACUGUUAAUGCAUACAGUAGUUUCAUACAUUUCAAAAUCUGUUCACAGACAGUUCUGUAGAAAUGGUGGAUUCAAUUGAAAAGUCAUUGCCGCUGUAUGACCUGUAAUAUUACCCUGCUUUAUGGUGCUGAGCUGGCUUUGGUGCUACCGCAGGAGAAGGCAGCAGUCGUCAGUUAAUAUUGUCAUUUAUUGUAACAUGGCUACUGUUUUUAUGAGUACUUUCUGUGAGCAUUGUAAAUUGUGCAAUAACUGAAAUUUAACAUGGUAUACUGUAAAUACACCUUAAAAAACAUUAAUUUUGUUCUAACCAUACCCUAAAUUGGUUAAUUGGACCAAU